AACAAUGCCUUUGGACGAUGUCGUAUGGAUAACCCACCUGCCCAUUUGGACGUCUUUUCCCCGUGACAAACAAAGAAUCUUACAUAUUCCAAUUUUCUCUCUCGAUUUCAUCAUCGAGCACGAUGAACUCGAACUGAUCUUCUUCUACAGAUACAGGAUGAUUCUGAAUCAUGUUCCAGCCCUUGCAUCUAGAUGAACUUAGAGACUGAAGGGCAAAAUAUUGGGAGCAGUGUUAUACAAUAUAAUGUUGUCACCUGAAAAUGGUGGAGUCGAAGGCGAAAAUUCUAACGAAUAUGAAGUCAAACCUCCUCUUCCUCUAUAUAUCAAAAACUCUAACAUACCUCAUAGCAACGAGGAUGCUCAAGUUGACGGCGGGCAUAUUUCUCUGAGCAAACAAACAUCGACUUUCCUUCGAUUGGGUAGCUUAGAUUCCUCAUCUUUAAAUUUGCAGCGGAUUGCUAGUGAGAGGGAUAAGUUCUCACGCACUAUUCCAUCCAGAACAAGCCACACUUUUCGUGAACGCUUCUCUAGGAUCUUCUCUAGGAAACUUGAUAGGGAAUCCCUUCAGAAGACGGCUAAAGAAUGGAUAAGGAACCCGAUGAAUAUGGUUCUAUUGGCUUGGAUUAUAUGUGUUGCUAUCUCGGGUGCAAUUCUCUUCCUUGUCAUGACAGGAAUGUUAAAUCGCGCUCUUCCAAAAAAAUACCAAAGAGAGGCAUGGUUUGAAGUGAACAAUCAAAUCCUCAAUGCGCUAUUUACGCUCAUUUGUCUAUACCAUCACCCUCGCAGGCUCUAUCACCUUGUACUCCUUUUAAGAUGGAGAUCCGAAGAUGUUACCAAAUUGAGAAAAGUAUACUGCAAUGGUGGCACUUAUAAACCCCAUGAAUGGGCACAUAUGCUUGUGGUUGUCUUGCUGCUUAACCUCAACUGUUUUGCACAAUAUGCUUUGUGUGGUCUCAAUGUAGGAUUCAAUAGAUCACAAAGACCCGCAAUUGGGGUGGCAAUAACCAUUUCUAUAGCAAUCGCCGCCCCUGCCAUUGCUGGUGUUUACACCAUUGUUAGCCCUUUAGGGAAGGAUUAUGAUAUGGGUUCUGGUGAAGAAUCCCAGCUUGAAGAGGGUAAUGUCGAAUACAUAGGAUCAAGACAAGAAAGAGUGAAAUCAUUGGAAAAAAGAUUCUCAUUUUCAUCAAGAAACAAGACGAUAACUAGUGAAAAUAGUCCAAAAUGGAGCGGAGGUAUACUUGAUUUCUCGGAGGACAUUUCUAUCGCGUAUCUCUCCUUGUUUUGUGGGUUUUGUGUUUUCGGAUGGAACAUGGAAAGACUCGGGUUUGGAAACAUGUAUGUCCAUACGGCCACGUUUCUUCUAUUCUGUUUGGCGCCAUUUUGGAUUUUCAACAUGGCUGCCAUCAACAUUAAGAAUGAAACCAUAAGGGAGGCUUUGGGGACUACUGGACUCUUGCUGUGUGUAUUUGGUUUGCUUUAUGGUGGCUUUUGGAGGAUUCAAAUGAGAAAAAGAUUCAAUCUGCCACCAUCCAACUCCUGUUGUGGUAAACCUGCUGUUACUGAUUGUGCAUUGUGGCUUUUCUGCUGUUGGUGUGCUCUUGCUCAGGAGGUCCGAACUGGAAACUCUUACGAUAUUAUUGUAGACAAGUUUUACAAUAAACCCGAGGAUGAAUUGACCAAAAUGCCCUCUCGAGAAGAAUCCGGCCCGAGUUCUCCACCUUGUGAUAUCCCUUCAAUGACCCUUGGUCCUAGGAGGGUUUCAGAGGAUGAUGGGAGUUCCUUUGCGCAGCCACGGAUCGUAGAAAAAGAUUCAUCUUCAAGAGGUAAAGAUGCAACUCUAGAACCACCUUUUCAAUGCAUUAUACUUAGAGAAGAUAAUUAAGAACAUAUCUAAGCUUGAAAUGCAUUGUGAUUUAUAGGUUAACAAUUUAUAAUUUGAUAAAUAAA